CACAAUCUAACCUCAGCUCCGCUCACAUCGACCUGCAUGUGUCCCUCUUCUUGUCUCUGAUUGGCUGACAGCGACAUCAAUCAUGGGAGAUGAAUAACACCGGGUUCAACCAGACUGAGGGCGGGCUGUUCAACAAGACAGAGGAGUUUUUAUGCUGCAACUUCUCCUCCGUGGUGACUGACAACGGCUUUGUGGCCGCGGCUCCGGACGAGAGGAGCCUCUUCAUCAUGAGGGUGGUCCAGAUAGCCGUCAUGUGCGUCCUCUCCCUCACCGUGGUGUUUGGCAUAUUCUUCCUGGGCUGCAACCUCCUCAUAAAGUCCGAGGGGAUGAUAAACUUCCUGGUGACGGACAGAAGACCCUCCAAAGAAGCGGAGGCGGUGAUUGUUGGAGCCUACUGAUGGACGAGGACGUUGACAGUCUUGAUGCUGGAAUCAGAUGGAGAGGAUGCGACGACCAGCAGCUCCGAAAACAAGGCCCUGUUUUUAUGUUUUGUAGUUUCUAAAAACCUGAAAGGGGUGCUCUCUGUAAGGGCACACUGAUGGGGACUGAGGCGCACAGCUGCUCACCUUUAUUCAUGUGGCCUUUUUAAUGCCAACAGUCCCAGAGAGGUAAAGUGCGCUGAGAUCCUUUUUAGUUAAGUGUCCAAUCACGCACUGAUCUCAUUUAAUAGUUGUAAAACAUCAGUCUGACGCAAAGGUUUUGCGUUUGCUGCUUUACAAACGCAAUGGGGAAUUAAAUGUGGAACGUUUUUGCUCUAUUUGGCAUAGAAUGGGCAAGACUGGACAAAAAUAAAAUAUGUACCAAUUCGCAGAAAUGAUGAAAGGCUGAAUAAAUUCCUUCUGUAAUUAAAACUCUUUUCCUCUUAGUUGAUAUUCUUUCACACGUCUUGUUUUGAGAGUUACAGUUCAGUUUCUGUUCAGUAAUCUUAAUAUAGCUAUCAGUGGAAAAGCUUUAGAGGAAAAGAAGUGAGGAGCCCCAUCCCCCAAGAACAUUUU